AUGAAAAAAAAGAAAAUGACCCAUGAAAAGGAAAUACCAUCUGCAACGGUAUACGAUGUUAGAGAAGAACGAUUUUGUUAUCCAGAAAAAUCACAUGCAAAAUCAUUUAAGGAUGGAAAAGAUUGGGGAUCUGAUUUCAUUAAUGAAUGGUGUCUCGACUAUCACGAAUUGGUCAGUGACGACCGUUACUCGGAAAUUGUUGAACAGGCUGCUAACGGUAUUUUAUGUGAGGGUAAAUUAUUAAACCAAGAAUUCAAUGCACAACAACUGGCUGAUCGUCUCAUGGAAGUGAAAAAUAACAAGUGUAAAGAGAUUCGAGAAUGUGCUGCGCGUCUGUACUCAGCAGAAUCAUUUCUGUACAAACUGAUUAAUACAGUUUUGAGAGCGGAUGACAAAAGUAAAGUUGACACAUUAGGUGCGUAUUGUUACCUGUUAGAUGAUUAUUUAAUGAAUUCAAAUGAUCACGGAGAGUUAACUGUUUAUCGUGGCUGUACACUGACAGAUGAAAUGAUUGCAGAGUAUAAACACUUUGUUGGCAAAUGGAUUAGUUGGCUAGCAUUUACAUCGACAACUAAAGCUCCUCAAGUUGCUGAAAUGUUCAGUAGGAAUACACUCUUUAUUAUACAUAUUAGAGACACAUCACAAUGCUAUAAAUGUGAUAUAUCAUCUCUAUCACAAUUUACACAUGAGCAGGAAGUCCUCUUAACUGCUGCACAUUACUUUUAUGUGACUAAAAUCAAACGUGACCGACAAAGUCAAAAGUAUUUAAUAUAUCUAACCUCACUUUAG